AACUAUUCAUCCCUUAACUUUAGCAAAUAAGUCGAAAAUAACUAUCCCCCUAAGAAUUCUUCCCCCAGCCCCCCUUCUCACUUCUUCUUCUUCUUCUAUGUGAUAUAUAUUGCGUUUUCCCCUCUACUCUUGUUGCUUCUCUUCUUUCAAUUUCGUACCUGGAUUGCUUUCGCUCUAUUCUCUUCUUUUCCUCGUCGUUUUUCGUUCUCGUUCUCCCCCCGCCGCCGCCAUGGUUGGCUUCACAACUCCAAUAUAUUACCUUCUACACCCUCAAGAGCUGAGGUCAAUCAUCCAAUGGAAGGUGUGGCAUAACCCCGUCCACGAGAGAGAUGAGAAAAAUUCGUCCGAAACGGAGAAGCAAUGUUUCCAUUUCCUAAAAUUUACCAGCAGAAGCUUCAGCGCCGUUAUUAUGGAGCUGCAUCCUGAACUGCUUCUCCCUGUCUGCCUGUUUUAUUUGGUCCUCCGCGGUCUGGAUACCAUCGAGGAUGACACCUCAAUCCCUUUACAAACAAAGGAACCGCUUCUCCGCGACUUCCACAAUAUCUUGGAGAAAGAUGGCUGGUCAUUCAAUGGCAAUCGGCCCGAGGAGAAAGACCGUGAGCUGCUGGUUCAGUUCCACAACGUCGUUACUGAAUUCAAGAAGAUAAAACCUGCUUACCGAACCAUUAUAAAAGACAUCACCAAGAAAAUGGGAAGUGGGAUGGCGGAUUAUUGCAGGAGAGCCGAGUUGGACACAGCAAAGGUCAAGACUGUGAAAGAAUACGAUCUGUACUGUUAUUACGUUGCCGGAAUCGUUGGUGAGGGCCUCACAAGGCUGUUCGUGGAGGCUGGAUUUGCUAACCCGGCCCUCUUGGAACGCACUGAACUCUUUAUUUCAAUGGGUUUGUUUCUUCAGAAGACCAACAUCAUCCGUGAUGUGAAAGAGGAUUAUGUGGACAACAGGUGCUUUUGGCCAAGGGAGAUUUGGUCCAAACAUGUCGACGAGUUCGAAGACCUCUUCAAACCCGAAAACAAAGAGGCAGCCCUAAACUGUAACUCGGAAAUGAUUCUGAAUGCUCUUGAGCACGCUGAUGAAUGUCUUUUCUAUCUCGCUGGCCUGAAGGAACAGAGUGUCUUUAAUUUCUGCGCCAUCCCCCAGUCGAUGGCCAUCGCGACUCUUCAACUAUGCUUCCGCAAUGAUGCCAUCUUUGAGCGGAAUGUCAAGAUCACGAAAGGUUCCGCCUGCCACCUCAUGUUCCAGUCCACUCAAAAUGUUCGUGCUAUUUGUGAUGUUUUCCGACAAUACGUUCGGAAAAUUCACAAGAAGAAUACUCCCAAGGACCCUAAUUUCCUAAAAAUCAGUGUUGCGUGUGGGAAGGUUGAAGCAUUCAUCGAAUCUAUUUUCCCCUCCCAAACCGCUGAGUACGCCCAACGGAAGGCCAAUCAGGAACCGAGCCCCGAAGAGGCAGAACAAGCUCGCCUAGAGGCCGAAGCCCGACAAGACACAAUCUACAUAAUGUUUGCCUUGUUCGGUAUUCUGGCUGUCCUUACGGGAAUUAUGAUCUUUGCCGCAUGGCUGAUGGGAGCCCGCUUCGACCUCGCGUUCCAGCAGGUUAAGAAAGGAAGUUUUCGCCCUUCUCCGCCACCCAUCUCGGGACACCAGGAGCUGUAGGAUAUGACGAAUACGACCAUUCCUUUCUUUUUUCUUUUCUUUUCUUUUCUUUUUUUUUUUCCAAUUUCGGCCAGAUACACCGCGGUGUAAUUUCUAUUCCGGAUAUACAGAUAUAUAACUAUCACCCUAAUACUUUCCGUUUGUAUAAUCCCUCUCAACGCCAUUUUAAUUAACUAACCAUUCUACCAUUCUAUAUAUCCGUCUCUUCAUUACCAUCGUGCAACAAUUCUGGGGCAUAUGUAUAUAUAACCCAGACAUCCAAGUUGGGAAUCUGGUGUUUAUUUAGCACGGAUGUCAAAUUACAACCCAGUCCUUCAUUCUUUGUCUGCGGUUGCGCCGAAGAUGUGCUUAUAUCAAAAAUAUUCUGUCUGCAUUAAGUUGCGAUCGAUCUGCCAGGCGUACUAGGUUCUUGUCUCACUGCUUUCUGGAUUACACCAGCUUGUUGAAUGGCACUUACCCAUUGAAAACCGGGCGACAUUGACGAAACAUAUGGAAUAAUAUAUCAUCUUGUCAAUUACUAUGGUGAUAAUCAGUUUUUAUUAAUCCUAAUUUAAGUUCAACAUUGAAUGAAUUCCUUCGCUGUUCCCAA